AAUGCGGUUCCUCCCUUUGAAUACCUACUUAAACACUCCAUCUCACCCUCAAACAUCUCCUUCUUUCUUCCAUCAUACAACUCCAUCAACUCUCUCUUCACCAUAACUUCUUUUGAUUCUCAAUAAAUCUUCAUCUACAAUAUCAUCUACUUCCAUCAAAAGAUUAAUACUACGAAAACAUCAUCAUGCAGAUCUUCGUUAAGACUCUCACCGGAAAGACCAUCACCCUUGAGGUUGAAUCUUCUGAUACCAUCGACAACGUCAAGGCCAAGAUCCAGGAUAAGGAGGGAAUCCCACCUGACCAACAGCGUUUGAUUUUCGCCGGAAAGCAACUUGAGGAUGGUCGCACUUUGAGUGAUUACAACAUCCAAAAGGAGUCCACUCUCCAUCUUGUUCUCCGCCUUCGUGGUGGUAUGCAAAUCUUCGUCAAGACCCUGACUGGUAAGACUAUUACUCUUGAGGUUGAGUCUUCCGAUACCAUCGACAAUGUCAAGGCCAAGAUCCAAGACAAGGAAGGCAUUCCUCCCGAUCAACAGCGUUUGAUUUUUGCCGGUAAACAACUCGAGGACGGUCGUACCCUCUCCGACUACAACAUUCAAAAGGAAUCAACCUUACAUUUGGUCCUUCGUCUUCGUGGUGGUAUGCAAAUCUUCGUCAAGACCUUGACUGGAAAGACCAUUACAUUAGAAGUAGAAUCGUCAGAUACUAUUGAUAACGUCAAGGCUAAGAUCCAAGAUAAGGAGGGUAUCCCACCCGACCAACAACGAUUGAUCUUUGCUGGAAAGCAGCUGGAGGACGGCAGAACCCUUUCGGAUUACAACAUUCAAAAGGAAUCCACAUUGCACUUGGUGCUCCGUCUUCGUGGUGGUCAAUAA